UGGCCCCCUGCCCUCUAGCCCAGCGUGGUGGACCGUGUGGCCAGCCUGCCUCUCAUCAGUUCCACGUGUGGUAUGGUGAGUGCCGCCUACACUUCCACCAAAGAGAGCUACCCCCAUGUGAGGACCGUGUGCGACGUGGCCGAGAAAGGCGUCAAGACCCUCGCCGCGGCUGCAGUCAGCGGAGCACAGCCCAUCUUGUCCAAACUGGAGCCCCAGAUUGCGUCCGCCAGCGAAUAUGCACACCGAGGCCUGGACAGACUGCAGGAAAGCCUGCCCAUCCUCCAGCAGCCGACCGAGAAGGUUCUGGCAGACACUAAGGAACUGGUGUCAUCUACGGUGUCUGGAGCCCGAGAAUUGGUAUCCAACUCAGUGUCUAGUGCAAAGGACACGGUGGCCACCCGGGUCACGGGAGCGGUGGAUGUGACCUGCGGGGCUGUGCAGAGCAGCGUGGACAUGACCAAGUCGGCAGUGACCAGUGGCGUCCAGUCAGUCAUGGGCUCCCGAGUGGGACAAAUGGUGAUUAGUGGCGUGGACUCCGUGCUGGUAAAGUCAGAGGCCUGGGCGGACAAUCGCCUGCCCCUGACGGACGCAGAGCUUGCCCUGAUCGCCACAUCUCCAGAGGGCUUGGACAUGGCCUCGCUGCAGCAGCAGAGACAGGAACAGAACUACUUCGUAAGGCUGGGCUCGCUAUCCGAGAGGCUGCGUAACCAUGCCUAUGAGCACUCGCUGGGCAAGCUGCGUAAUGCCAGGCAGAGCGCGCAUGAGGCGCUGCAGCAGCUCACACAUGCCCUCAGCCUGAUGGAAUCCAUGAAGCAGGGCGUGGACCAGAGGCUGGGAGAAGGGCAGGAGAAGCUGCACCAGAUGUGGCUCAGCUGGAACCAGAAGACCCCUCAGGAUGUGGAGAAGGACCCAGCUAACCCAGAGCAGGUGGAAGCCCGGGCACUCAGCAUGUUCAGGGACAUCGCCCAGCAGCUGCAGAGCACGUGUGCGAGCCUGGGGGCCAGCAUCCAGGGCCUGCCCAGCCACGUCAGGGAGAAGGCUCAGCAGGCCCGGAGCCAGGUGGACGACCUUCAGGCUACCUUCUCCGGCAUCCACUCCUUCCAGGAUCUCACAGCCAGCAUUCUUGCUCAGACCCGGGAGCAGAUAGCCAGAGCCCGGGAGGCCCUUGACCACACUGUGGAGUAUGUGGCUCAGAACACGCCAGUCACGUGGCUCGUGGGCCCCUUUGCUCCUGGAAUCACCGAGAAAGCCCCUGAAUAGAAGAAGUAGGUAGAGGAGUCAGGGCCAGCAUCUGGCUUGUGUCUGCCUUUCCCAAUAGUCCUAUUGCAUAGCUGGUCUUGACCUACUCUGAGUCUGAAGGAGACAUGUGUUUAACCCUUUCCAUCAGUUUUUUAAAGCAACAUUUUUUUUCCUAGAAUGUUCCAUGGGGGAAAAAAUUUCUAGAAUGUUCUAGAAAAAAAAAAUUUUUUUUCUCUUAAAAAAAAAAAAA